AAGAACUCGAGUCUUUUUCAUGAAUGAUAUCUUCUUAUAAUAAAAUUAUGUAACUAGUCCCGAGUUCAAUUGCACGACCUGUGCUGAAAACAUGAUGUUAACCCCGGUCGUCAUCCUGACAUUUAUCUUAAAGUAACAAAUUACGUGUUACGGUUGUAUAAAAUUAAGUUAUAUAAAAACCAAGAAUGUAAUGUAUUUAGCAUGGAUUUUUUUCAGAUGUCGGAUAUUGGAAUGAUCAAAAAAAGGUCAUGUAAAUUGAACUCGGAAAUUACCAUAAAUAGAAUUGCUUUCGGGCUGUUAUCAUUCAUACACAUUACACAUUCUUGUACGUUAACACAAGUAAACAAAUUUCUGAAAUUUCUGAACGAUGGUUCUGUUCCGUAAAAAUUUUUAUAUUUUCCUGGGAAUGGGACUUCUACUCGUUCCCUUGAUUCAUUCUCAACUUUUACUUCCUCCACUUCCUACUCUUCCAACUAUUGCACAGAUUUUUGCCAUUUUAACCCUGAACCUUCUCCAAUUUCUCAAUUUGAACGUUUUUGAUAACUUGACUCCAAUUUCUACCACAAACUUUAUGACUCUACCGACCGUUGGGGACACUGUACGUACAUUAUAUUACUCCUUUGGAAUUUAUUGCCCUCUCGCUCAAGUCCAGACUUGGACCUGUGGUCAAAAAUGUGUCGAUUCGGGUGGAACUGAUAAUACAGUUAUCCAAGUUUACGAGGACACUGUUCAACAAACUCGGGGCUUGACCAUUGUGAACAAUCCAAGAAGUGAAAUUAUAAUUGCCUUCCGUGGUAGUUAUCAGGCUCAAAAUUUUUUAGAAGAUGCUGUUAGCGUGGUCUUGGUCCCAUUGGCGUUGACGGGAGGGACAAAUGUGCAAGUUUCUCAGGGAUUCUUGUUAGCUGCUCAGUCCCAGUAUGAAACAAUGGUUCUUCCGAAUUUGCGUAACCAACUUGCAGCCCAUCCUGGAUAUAAUGUUGUCAUUACUGGACACAGCUUGGGUGCAGCCAUGGCGGAACUGACAUUCGCAAUGUUGAAAAACAGCACAGAAUUUGGAUCCAAUUCAACUCUUUCGCUUUUUAAGUAUGGUUCUCCACGCGUCGGAAACAUUGGAUUCGCUUCGUGGAUGAAUUCACAAAAUAGUUCUGUAAUUCGAGUUGUGAAUAAGGCUGACAUAUUUUCACACAUCUUUCUUAAUAGUGAAGGUUAUGUGCAUAGUGGGAACGAAUAUUGGCGAGCACCAAAUAAUUCUGACAUUUUUUGCAAUCCCAAUCUAUACGAAGAUCCUGCCUGUUCCAAUUCCCUUGGUCCAAGCUAUAAUACAAAUGAUCAUUUGACGUACUUAGGUAUUCCUAAGGCGGGCUGUGCUUAAGAUAGGAAGGUGUUACAUACAUAUGUAUUUAUCAAGAGACAUUAUACUUGAUUUGUAUGCAUAAUUUCGAUAGUACAGCAAAAUUAUGCGGAGUUCAAAUUUGAUAUAGGAUACUUUUUUAAGUUAGGUUACAAAUUUUAUUCGUUACAAGUUAGAAAGUACAAAUGUUGGCACAUUAAAAAACUCAGAUAGCAACGCUAAUAUGAUAAGUCGUAGAUAGUUAUAAAUCAUUGAUUUGUAUGAUACUUUACCAGACCAACCAGACGAAUAAAAUGAAUUGUUACGUGAAAAAGUAA